AUGGAGUCUGGAGGGCUGAAGGUGAAGGACCUUCCCCCGGUGCUCUCUGCUUCUUCUUUGAUAGAUGUUUGUCUCUCAAAGACUCAAAGAAAGACACCGACAGAAAUCCACAAGAGAAGCAAUAUCAGCGUUAUUAAAAAAUUUUAUAUACGUAAAGUUAAGGCGUCUUCAGAGUUUUUUACUGAGAAGUUAAAACAAAUUACUCAAAACUUUCCUAAGCUUGAUAGCAUCCAUCCGUUCUAUGGGGAUUUGCUGAACAUUUUGUACGACAGAGAUCAUUACAAAUUAGCACUAGGUAAUGUUGCUUCUUGUACAAACAAAAUAGAGAAGAUAUGCAAGGAGUAUAUUACUCUUAUCAAAUAUGCAGACUCGCUUUAUAAAGCUAAGUCCCUCAAAACUGCUGCUCUAGGAAGAUACUGUACAGGAAAGAGCUCCUUUAUUAAUUUAAUUAGUAAUGCGAAUGUAGAUGUUCAGCCCUUUGCGUUUACUACAAAAAGUCUCUUCGUAGGACAUUUCAAUCAUCUCUACGCUCGGUGGCAGGUAAGUAAGAUAUGA